UUAUGACGUUUAUGUUUAAUAGUUCGUUUGUUCUAUACAAUUAUAUCAUCAUUGAUAAUUUUUGACUGUUAUUUAGUUUUAAAAAGUUUUUCCUUUCCUACUGAAUGAAUAAAUUAUCUGCACAGUGUUUACGAUGAAUCAACAUUGAGCUCUGAUUUAUUUGCUGUGUCGGUUUCUGAGCCAUCGUAAUGGAAUACAUUAUACACCUGUGCCGUUUUGUAUACAACAAUCGCCGCUGAGUGGUAACUUCAUAGGUACCUAAUUAUUGUAAUUUGUAACACUUAAAAAUGAUGGGUCAGUUAUCAUCCAAAUUUAAACACGAAGACCUCGCUACACCAUUGCUAAAUCCGAAAUUUCCCAACGAUGAGGCAUCUCUGCUGGAAAAUGAAAACGUACGAGACAGCUACCCUCCAGAACCCUCCAGUGAUCUAGAAGUAUUCGUAGCUGAAUUUUUAGGAACAAUGUUGUUGUUGUUUUUUGGCUGUUUGGGUCUAUUUGCCAAUUCUACUCGGUUCGAAAUUUUGGCUCCGAUGCAAGGUGGUGUAGUAUUUGGUUUCGUAGUGGCUUCUAUCAUAGCUGCUAUUGGGCACAUUAGUGAUGCUCAUUUGAAUCCCGCUGUCACGUUAUGUUCUUAUUUACUCGAAAGAAUCUCAUUGAAAACAGCAUUUAUCUAUUUUUUAGCGGAAUUACUUGGUAGCUUGACUGGAUUUUGGCUUCUUAAAGAAGUAAUACCUCAAAAAUUAUUCAGUGCUUACGCCGACAAUUCUUGCGGAUUUUGUACUACAUCUAUAAGUUCUUCAAUCAACACAUAUCAAGGUUUCUUGAUAGAAUUUUUAGCAACUUCGUUUCUAAUUUUAAUUGUGUGCAGUGUCUGGGAUCCGCGAAAUAUAAAGAACACUGAUUCUACUCCGAUUAAAUUUGGUUUAUUCAUUGCUGCGGCUGCUAUUGCUAUGGGACCGUUCACUGGAGCGGGUAUGAAUCCUACUCGUUCGUUUGCACCAGCGAUGAUUAAUAACCAGUGGGCUAAUCACUGGGUAUAUUGGUUAGCUCCUCUGUCCGGCAGUGCCAUCGUAACAUCAUGCUAUAAAUUUUUUUUCAUGAGGAAGAACUAUUCUGCGGCCCAAAAAUAUAGUUCAGGCCAACGUAUGCGAUUGUGAUUGUUACGAGAAAUGUUUGGUUUCACUAACGAUUUUGUUUUGUAUGUCUUGUGUCACACUUACCAGGAUCAGUGUAUAAUAGAUAAGGUUAGUUACCAAUUUUAGUAUGGAAAUACGUUUUUGUUUUUUAUCAUGAUUGACAAUUUUAGAUUUUAUAUUUUUUAUUAAUAUAUUACGUAUUUGACAGAA